AUGUCAGUCAUAUUUUAUCUCCUGCUGAUGCUGCAAGUUGGGCGAUGCAGAGAUGAUCAAAAGAUUGUGACAAAGACUGUCGGUGUUGGGGAAAACGUGAUUCUAAGAUGUGUCCGCCAGACAUCUGGGGAUGUUGGAAGAAUUUAUUGGGUGAAGCUUGUUGCUGGAAACAUGCCUGAAGUCUUGGGGAGAGCAUUUAACUUUGAUUAUGAUGGCGUGGCUAAUGUUUCUCGUGUUGCAACAAAACAAGAGCCUGGAACAUUUGUUCUCCAAAUUGCAGAAACAAAGCUGAGUGAUACUGCAUUUUACUACUGUUUAAAAUCAGAGCGUUUUAACAUUUCUUUUUUGAAAGGAAUAUUUCUGAGAAUCAAAGGACCAGAACCAGAUAUCUCUGCAGUUAUUCAAGACUUUCCACCUGAUUCGGCCCGUCCAGGAGACUCAGUGACUUUACAGUGUUCAGUCUUCUCUGGCUCUGAAAGUAAAACGUGUCCAGGAGAACACAGUGUGUACUGGUUCAAAGUCGGAUCAGAUGAAUCCCAUCCCAGUGUCAUUUAUGCCCAAGGAAACAGUGGUGAUCAAUGUGAAAAGAGUGCUGAGGCUUAUUCUCCACAGAAAUGUGCCUACAGCUUCUCCAGGAACGUCAGCUCCUCUGAUGCUGGGACUUAUUACUGUGCUGUGGCCGCAUGUGGACAGAUAUUAUUUGGAAAUGGGACAAAACUGGACAUUGAAGCUAUAGUUUCAUAA